CGUCGUCCGCCCCGAAUGUUGCGAUGGCGGUCGUCGACGGGUUUCAUCAUCGCGACGGUCUGGACAUCGUUCUUCACGGACUACUUUCUCUAUGCGAUGAUCGUACCUGUUAUGCCUACUGCCCUGGUCGACCGCGCCGGUGUCGCAUAUGAAGACCGAGAAUUCUGGGUGAGCAUCCUGCUGAUGUGCCAAGCUGCCGUCGCCUUUGUCUGCUGUCCAGCCUUCGGAUACAUGCUCGAUGCGGCACCCACGCGCCGGAUGCCCUACCUCCUGGGCCUGAUUUUCCUUGGGGCAUCGAUGGUCCUCCUCGCUCUCGCGCACACGAUCGCGGUGUUCAUCAUGGCCCGCAUGCUGCAGGGCGCGGCCACCGCCAUGGUCGCCGUGGCCGGGCUCGCCCUGCUCACAGACUCGGUCUCCACGAGCAACCUCGGCCAGACCAUCGGGUACCUGGGCUCGGCCAUCGCCCUGGGAUUCCUGCUGGGUCCGCUGCUGGGCGGCUUGGUCUAUCGAGUCGCCGGGUACCAGGCUGUGUUCGCCAUCGCCUUUGCCAUGGUGGGGAUCGAUCUGCUCAUGCGAGUCGCGGUGGUCGAGAAGGCCGUCGCCGAACGGUGGCUGCAGACGCAUUCAGCAUCGUACUCGCCAUCCCCAGAGGAUGAUGGGUAUACGUCAAGCGACAGUCUGCCCUCCCCAUCAUCUUCCGUGAUGUCCAACAACGACCAACAUAAGAAGCCAGCGAUACUGAUAAUCCUCAGCCAACCACGGAUUCUCAUCUCCUCAGGAGCUCUUCUCGUCCACGGCCUCCUCUACUCAGCCUUUGACGCCACAAUCCCCAUCUUCGUCGAAUCCCGCUUCGGCUGGACCACCUUCGGCGCGGGCAUGGCCUUCCUCCCCUCCGCCAUCACCGCCCUCUUCCAACCCUACUUCGGCCAUUUAACAGACACCCACGGCCCCCGCCUAAUAGCGCUCACCUCUUUCACCUGCCUCACCCUCCCGCUCCUCACCCUCCGCCUCGUCACCACCGCCCACCCCACGCACAUCGCCCUCCUCCUGACUUGCCUCACGGCCAUCGGCCUCCUCAUCAACCUCUGCACGCCGGCGCUGUACCUCGAGACGCAACACGCGCUGACCGCGCUGGAAGCGCGCGACCCCACGGUCUUCGGCCCCAAGGGCGCCGUCGCGCAGGCGUUCGGCAUCCAGACGAUGGCGCAGUUUUUGGGGCUGUUUGUGGGACCCCUGUGGGGCGGGUUCGUGGAGUGGCGGGCUGGGUGGGCGGUGAUGACGGGGAGUUUGGCGGGGUUGGUGGCGGGGAUGGGAGUGUUGAUGUGUUGGAUGGGGGAGGGU